AUGGAUCCUUCAAAUGUUGAGCUUUUGGUACACAUCUCCGCCCCUAGCACAUCUCGAGAUGAUGCUCGGUACAGGGCCUUGGCGCGCGCAUACUUGAAUUUCGUGCCUGCAACGAGACUAGAGCUUGAGGAACUUCCAGAGGACGAUGAAGAGACUCGAAUAGCCGAUGAUCGUGUUGCGUCUCUCGAGGAACGAGUCAAGGAAAACAGCCAGUUCAACGCUCGUCUUGGAAGUCAGGUGCGUGUUGAAGAGGAAGCCGAGGUCAAAUCAUGGGAAUCCUUUCGACCUGGCCAGGAGGAGGAAGACGAAGACGAUGAUGGCCUUAGUGAGGCUAUACCUACGCAGUCUUUCUCUCAAGAGCAUCGUCAAUCGUUUUGCUCCGCCGAAUUAUCCUUUCGAAGCGUAGCAAACAACGCCGACUCUCCACCAUUUCGAAACCAACGCGAGGUCACGUGCGCUCAGCUAUCCUCCCCAAUCCAACGACAUGUCGAAAGUCAGAAAUCGACGGAUUCUUGGAUCCCACCUCGAAGCACUAUUUCCGAUUCGCAGCCUGAAUAUAAUAGGCCCUCACAAGCUCUCUCUUCCCCCACUCGGGUUUUGGAGCAAUAUCUCCAACGACGAGAGAACGCGGGGUCUGGAUCCCAAGAAAGUGGUAGGUCACAAAGGCAGAAGAAUCGAGAUGAAGCCUCUUCCGGGACGACUGAGAGUCAAAAGACUAGUACCUCGGACAUAAGAGAUUUUGCCUUCAACGAGACUUCCUCUUCUUCGGUACGAAACCCUAUGGCACAGCAAGAAAAUACCCCAGGCGCACCACCAACCACCAUUCCAGCGACGUCAACUCAUAUAGCAGCAUCUUGUUUGGAAAUUUCUCCGACUCCAAUAUCAACCCCUGGGAAAAUGCUUUCGCCAUCUGAGAUCAUGAUAAGCUUCAAGCUUCGCUCUGGCAAUGUUCCGUCCAAAGUACCAUCGUCGUCAGUGAGGUCUAGUUCUCCGAUUGUAGUCAAUAAGACAACGAUACCCAAGUCCUCUGAAAAUAUCGAAGCUACACCCACGGUAAGAAGAGCGAUUCCAAUAUCCGAAAAUUCAACGUCCAUUAUGUCUAGCACCACAAAUGUAGAAAUCUCAGCAUCAAAUAUCCCCUCUUCUGAUUCUACCAACUCAGAUAUAAUAACGAUACCAAGGAAAUCAAUGAGAAAUAUUCCUCGAACUCCAUACCGAGCUAUGAAUACUACUGAGGAUUCCUCGAUUGCGUUAAAACGGAAAAUGGCUGAGAAAAGAUCUGGAUUUGAGGUGCCAGAUUCCACGGCUGAAGUGGAGAGUUCUAUAUCUGUUAUCCCCGAAACUAUUAUUAAGCCGCCGGCGAAGCGUACAAAAUUCACCCUAACUCGCCCUAUCUCUUCAAAUUCUUCCUCCAAUGCAAGGACCGACGACCCCUCAAAAUUACCUGCAACACUCAAUAUGGAGCAGCCAAAUAAGCCUCAAAACGACACUUCCCCCUCUAAGACACCUUCAACGCCCACUCGAAAGCAGCCAGACAAGUUUCGACCCGAUAACACUCCCUCAAAAACAAAGGGUCCUACGGCUCAGGGAACCCCACGCUCGACGCCUGUAUUCAGUUCCCCUCCAUCUGCAAGUCAACUCCCCACCCAUCUCGACAAGACAGAAGCACGCCCUCGUCCACCGCCUACAGGAACAGGCCACAUUGACCCCAAAUCUUUCAUAACCCCCGCUCUUCUCGGUCUCGCAGAGAAGGACCCCAAAGGAUCUCUAUACAAGCCUCUCGACCAAGUACGGGAGCUCAGACCCACCGAGCGAGGAUAUUGGCGUGUCGACACCACGAACUGGGAGCCUGGAUUCAAGGAAAAAUGUUGGAGCGUUCUUGCAAACUUCAUUCUACAAGAGAAAGGCGGUUGGGGAAUCUCUUGUGUGCGGACCGAGGAUUUCAAGGAAAUACAAGUCUAUUGCUGGGGAAUUACCGUGCCGUACGUUUACUUGCUAAUCUUUAUGGCGAGUUCAAAUCGAGUGCGAACAAAGGGACGAAGUUGGUGGAUUGGAGGUGAUGGAAAUCCUUUGAUCACAAUGCCUGUGGUCCCAAAGCCUACUAAGAAAUAA